AUGAAGCCCCUCCAGUCCAGCUUGGGGAACGCGCUCUUUGCGUGGCAAUUUGUGCUUCUCGUCGGCGCGGUGGCGAUUGGGAAGAUGAUUCGUCAGCGACAGUGGCAAAGAUUCUGCCGAGAUAACGGAGCAAGUGUUAAUUUGCUCGAUAGGAUUGAGAAAGUGGAGGAUGAUCUCCGGAGCUCGGCGACGAUCAUUCGGGUACUCUCGAGGCAACUCGAGAAGCUUGGAAUCAGGUUUCGAGUCACGAGGAGGACUCUGAAAGAGCCCAUUUCCGAGGUAAUCCCUUUCACCGCGUCUCCUCUGUUUUUGUGUUUCUGGAGAAUCUCGAGAUGGGUUUUCGCUUCCAGCCUACACUUUGACCAGAGGAUAUAUCAUUUUGUGGUCAAUUUUAUUCACUUUUAGUGGGUCAGUCAUUUUUUUCUGGAUCUAAUGGAUACUACCCAACCCCAUGUAGCUCAUAGUUCGCUUUUCCCGGUUCUUGGGCAUGCUCAAGUUCUUUCGGGGUGGGGACUAAAUUCCUGUUCAGAUUGGCUGCUUGAUUCGCUAGAUGCACCGUAAAAGUAACUCUAUAAAUGAGGGCUCUAUGCCGAUAAAGAUGUCAUGGACCCAGCAGCUCUCCUCCUGUGGUGGUCGUCAUGAGACAGCAUCCAUGAUCAUUUCUACAAUCUACCACCAUCCUCAUCUGCUCUGCCCAAUCUUUGUAUGCCCUUUGCGAGAGAGAGAGAGAGAGAGAGAGAGAGAGAGAGAGAGAGAGAGAGAGAGAGAGAGAGAGAGAGUUGGACCAGACCUUGGUUUCUGCAGGGCUGAGAAAGAACCUCGACGUUUUCUUUCACUGCUGAUUCCUGUUGUCCAACUGCCAUUAGUCUUCAGACGUGUUCAUUCCUCAUCGGGAUCCUGGGAUGUCGAGUUCUGCUCUCCCACCUCCGUUGCUAUUAGGCUACCAUCCAUCUUCCAAUAUGACCAAGUUGCUUUCCGAAAAACCACUGCACUAGCUUCCUUUUCCUCAUCUUCUUCCUCUCCUCAUAUACAGUUCUGUUUUCACCCACUUCCUCUUUCCCCCACAAGGAGUGAGACAUGUCUGUAAGCUCACACCAUGCACUUUUCUUUUUCACCAUCCAAGCUGAAUGAAGAGAAACACUUGAGAAAUUACCUUACGCAGUCAAUGAAUGUGCAAACUAGUGCAGUCGGAGAAAUAGGGAAAACGCCAAAGAUAGCUACUCGCAGUUCAUACUCCACAGAUGGUCCACUGUAGAUGCAUUAGCUUGUGAAAAAUGCUAUGAGCUACUACGUCAGAGUAAUUUACCGGCCCAUUAUAGGGGUACUCUUGCGGUCGUCUCCUGCCGACUUCAUAAAAGUAUGAAAUCAAGCAUUAGAGGGGGGGAUAUUUUUACGAAUUUUUCAAACUAUGGAUUUGAUGUAAAUAAGAUUAAGGACUACUGGAUGUCCUUGAUCAUUAAAUCAGAGUUUAAAGAAGGUAAAUGAGUCCUUUUCUAUGAUGGAUACUGGAAAAUUUACUCAGUCGUAGAGUUUUGGCUCCAUGGAAAAUAUGCCACCAGCCUUUUGGCAAUUCAUUUUCUUUCAUAGAAAGGUUCGACGAAUUGGGAUUUCUCCAUUGGUGGCUAUUAACAUGUACCUUGACAGUGAGGCGACCGACUGUAUAAUCUGCCGGUAGAUAACAGCAAGCCAUUCAUUCUCUCUCUCAAGAUUGGAAUGCAUAUGAUAGAUGUUUAACCAGGGUUUGCGGUCACCGCCUCAUGAUUCGUGUUAGUUAAUCUGUUCUAUCUGAUGAUGGCAUCCAUAUGAAAUUGAAUCCACGUACAUGUCCCCUUUUUUUCCUCUUGAAGACCGCUGCUUUGGCUCAAAAAAACUCGGAGGCCACCCGAGCGCUUGCAAUGCAUGAGGACAUUCUUGAAAAGGAGCUUGGUGAAAUUCAAAAAGUGUUACUUGCAAUGCAGGUGAGCUUCGCUUAUUGUAGAAAUUUUCAUGAUAUCUUGACCUUGUCAUGCAUCAAAUGUUUCAUGGUAACUAGAACUCGAAACUCUCAGUGAAUUUUCUUGUGUUGUAUUGGAGUAUUCUUUCUUUGUUUGCUGUUUCUUCUUCUCUUCGUUUGUUAUCCCCUGAGAUUCUCUGGUCUCUGUAGAAGUUUUGGUGUCUUUGGCUCUAUAGACUUCCUGAAUUGGUGACAACAAUAUUGGGAAACUCUUUUUCAUACUCGAUGAAGCACUUGUUUUUAAACAGCUGUAUUGAAAUGUAGAAUUGAACCAUGGAAUUAGAUUUUUAGUCUAUUCGAUUCUCCUUUAGGGGUUACUAAUAGCUAUUUUAUGUCUGCUGCAUUUCCUGUAUAUGCCAUAAUCCGCGGAAUCAUAAGAGUACAUUGGCAAAGUACCCUUUUUUAGAUUUUUCUUGCAUUUUUUAAAAUGGUUUUAUCAAUAAACUUAACGAUUGCAAUGUUCCCAUUCUAAUUCUUAGUAAUUCUCAGUAAUUCUCUUGUAGCUUGAUUUAUAUUAAGCUGUAGAUUACGAAACUUUUUAAGUAAUAAGAUAUAGUUUUUGAGGUUAUGCAUCAUUACCUGAAAAUCCUUCCAAAGCCCACACCUUUUGGUAACUUGAGCUCAGAUAUCUCAUUUCUCCAUAAAUCCACGAAACCUAUUCUGGACCUGGUGACACCGAUGCCCAAUUCUAUGAAUUGUUAUGCCAGGGCCCUCUUCUAUGAAAAUAUACGAGGAGCCACCCCAAUGCAAAUGCCAACAUAAUUUUUGUCAUUUCAGUGUUCAUUAAAUACGAGCUGAAGCCACCAACAAUCAUCAGGUAAAGGCUUUGCAGAGAUUGUAUUUCUUUGAGACCUGCUUGAGGUGGUCAUAUCCAGGAUGAAUGGUGUAGGUUUCAUGAGCAGCCGGUCUUCAGUUACAGCUAGAUGACCGGUGUGAUGGGGGUAGGGUUCCUGAGACUAGAGAGCACGUGAGAUGCCUUGCAGAUGCUGCAAGUGGAGGACCACUACCAAAAACUGAGGUUAGAUUAUGGACUGAUCGUUUGAGAGGACUUCCAUGGGAAGUCUUGAAAUAUUUUUCAAGUGGGCCUUGCAGACGUGGCUGGUCGAACUGCGGCAUGCAUAUGGCUGAAAUGUAGAAUCCCUCACCGUCUCAUCUCAAGGGUAGAUGUGUUUCAUCUCAUUUGAACCUGUCUUGGAUCAAGUCUGCGCUUUGUUUGAUUAGAGCGUCUUUGUGAGGGUGGCUUACCCUGUUUGGGUGAUAUCUGAUUCCUUGCCAUGCAAACAACUUGACCAUUGUUAUCAAAGAUGACUGCUGUGUGGAGUUAGGAUCGAAUAGAAGAUCUGACAUUGGAACCUGGGUGAACUUUAACAUGAAGCAGUAGUUAUACUCGUUUAAGUUAAGGUUACCUUGUAGACAAGACCUAUCUGGAUGUAGGCCCAAAAUGUAAUAUUAGGUCAUUAGAUAUUUGGUAGAAAACUUGGUGCGGACAUGGAUGAACUUUUCCCUGUGUCUCCAAAUAUCAUUUUUAGUCUGAUGGAUGCAUUGUCGGUAUUAGAACUUAUCAGAAGACUUAUUUUUUAUUUUAACAUGUAAAGCCACUAUUAAAGAAAAUUGUGAGGAAACAAAAAUGCUCGUUAAAUUUUCUUGGUUAAGAUCACACUACCAGACAGCCCAAGGUACCUUGAUAAUGACGUGCCCUACCUGGCCAAUUUUCCUGGUAAUUAUUUAAAAAAGGUUCAGGAAACUAACAGAGGCAUCUUUGACUUGGCUCAAAUUUCGCGAAGUCCAGAAUGGCGGUGUUUGAGGAACUAAAUGAUUGUAAGCUUUGACAUCAGGUUUUAUGUUACAAAAAUGGAAGGCUCGGACACGAAGUCCAGAAUCAAACAGCUCCAUUCGAGCAAAGGAUGCUUGCUAUUUAUUUAAGAUUUUGGGUGUGAGGGGUUAGGAAAUUUCCAAUACAUAUAAGGCUUCUGAUUUGGUAUACAGAAAAUUUUGGAUGAGUUGUGGGGUUUGAAAUAAGGAUGCUUCAUCCGUCUUCAGUUAAUUUCGCGAGCGAAUUUCAGUGAGGCACUUAGAUAUUCUUCUCUAAGCUGUGCAAGGUCGAAAUAUUUGAAAAACUAGUGUGGGAUUACAUACUAUAGGGGGCCUAUGUGGAUCAAAUGGCUAUUUCGAGUUCUCCAAGAGGGCAAAUAUUUUAAUCGUUCUGCAUAUCUCUCACAGGCGUAUAGAUACGGUUCCCAGACCCUAAAUUUCAGGAAAUAAAAAGUCAAAGAAGAGGAGGGUGGGGGUUGUGGCUGCGGUAAUCCAUUCUUUUUUUACAUGAAAAUGUACAUAGCAGAAGUCUGUGCUCAACGCUGCUAGUUGGUAGCAUGCAGGAGCAGAUCGCAGUGAGAAACCGCUAUAUAUUGCAACAAUUGAUUUUACUCUUUUUUGAUGGUGGGAAUGACUCUUUGACAUGGGCCUAUUGGAACCAGGGAUGAUCUCUGAAGGUGGAACUUAGAUGUUCACUCAGGUGGAAAUUACUGACCCGGGAAUCAUGGUUAAGCAGCUAGCUAUGCGUUCUUUGAAGGUAGAACUUGUGUUUAGUCAUUAUCGAUUCCCAACCUGCUCAAGGUGCAGGUGAGAUUUUCAGUGACACCACUUUGAGGCACUGAUCGACCUCGGGAUCUUCUAGCGACUCUGAUUUUGUUAGUUCAGGGGAUCUUGACUCCCGAAUAUCUAUCUACCUAUGUGUCGAAGUUCUUUCUCUUCUUUCACUCAUCAGCAGAACUGGGCGAUAGAAUGUUUACAGUCACUAGAUGUGCCUGCCCUCCCUUAUUCACCUAGUAACACAGGCAUGCUUCUGCGAUCAAGUGUUAAUAUUCUUUGCUAGUUUCGGUCGAACUCAUAUACUACGAAAAAUUUAUUGUUGAAAGCUAUGAUGAAUGUCACCUUCCAAGGACGUUUGUUCAUAGAUUAUGGAAAAUUCUCUUCUGUGAGGAUCAACUGAGCAUUGGAACUGAACGAGAUCUGCUAUAGAUGAUCUUCACCCAGGUCCGUGGGAGCAAGGACUAACCAUAAAAAAAGGGAGCCUAUAAUUCUCGCUAAAACCAGUAAAUAAAGUACCAUUAUCUUGCCUGGCUUUCUGUGGCGCUGGAAACUCGAGAUUUUUUGGGUAUUUUGUGUGAAUCAGUUCCGAAUUAAUCAUCAAGAAGCCAUCCUUCUCCUCUUCCGAAUCGGUCUAAGAGCGACUAAACAUACAGUGAGGAGAUUUUAUUUAUUUUCGAUGUGGGUCUAUUCUAAGCAAACGUCAACUCUGACGCCAUGGUAAACAAAAUCUAUGGGAAAUGCCUCAUCGAAUCUAUCAUAGUGUUAGUACCCAGAAAGGAUGAAUAAAUGACAUGUAUCCCGUGAAGGGCUUCAUUUUUAUACCUUAUAAGCUCAUGAUCUGCUCAAGUGAUCAGCUUCUCUAUUGAUUUGCGUUGGGAAAUUCUGCAGGAACAACAACAGAAACAGCUUGAGCUGAUCCUCGCAAUUGGGAAAGCAGGAAAGGUGAUAGAUAGCAGGACGGACCCAGAAGACCCCAAGAGAGAGCCUGCAGCGGGGGAUGCCAGUGCGGCCCGCAGUCCACUUCCGGAAAAGAGGGCGCCGCCAAUGGAUUUCAACCCCGGCAAGGUCAGGAUGCCCGCCAAUGACCAUCCAUAG